AUGACUAGAAAUACAACUGAGGUCAGUGUUGUUCUUAAUGUUCGUCCGUUGCACUCGAGUUGGAAGCCGGUUCAACAAGUCGAUUGCCCAUCAAAAUCCGCAGUAGGCAAAUCUCUCGAGAGCAAUAUUUGGAAGGCAGCUCGCGUCAAAACACUCAUCGUUUCCGAAAAAGGUCCCAACAUGGAGAGAUAUUCCACAGACACUGCCGGAGUCAUCACAGAAUGCGGCUCUUGUGCCGAUAAGCCACCUUGUUCGAACGAUCGUGUUGCACUCAGCCCGAUUGUCGAGAAAUGUGAAUGUACGAAGUGCAACGAGGCUGAAAUUGUGGCUACUAGUCUUGAAUUGAGUCCAACUCCCAGCAUUAGAUGGAUUGAAAGUGAACAAGAGGCAUUUCAUGCAAAACCGAAAAGAGCAAAAGCAAUGAAAAUAGUUGUUCGAAAGCAGAAAAACGAUCGCGAGGUUGGCUUGAACAAUCUGAAGACAGAUCGAUUCCUAACGUGUCCGUCGCCACCACUUCCACCACCGCCGCCACCAUCGCUGCGCCAUAAGAAUGGCGACAACACCUCACAAAUAUCAAUUCCAUCGGUCACCGAAAUGCGCAUCACCUCGCCGACGGCGACGACUGAAGAGAUACAAGCGAUGUGUCAAAAGAUUACCAACACUUGUGGUGAAAAAUCGCCUGAAUGGAAAGAAGAGAAACCGGCAGAGAGUUCAGUGAGCGAACAAUCUUGCCCAGAAGAAAGUGCAGAAACCAAUGAGACCAUUCAGUCACAAGAAGCUUUGCGAAAUGAGAUUGAGCAGUGUCUUUCUAGUCCAACCACUCUACACCAAAUGGUUCAGCUGUUCUAUUCAGCUGAAUCGAACAUGUGGCUCAUGCUUGCGGUCAUUAUAAUGAUGAUUUUUGUGUACCGAAGCUCUGUCGAACAACACACUUGCUAUAUUUAUGAUUAG